ACAGCGGUGGAACGGAAGGGGGGAUCGCCUUUCCAGCGGACUUCGCAAAAUAAACGACGGGCGACGAGGGACCUCGAAAAAUCGCACGCCAAUCAAUUCGAGUGUGUGCGAAUUGAUUACAAAAAUAAAGGUAUUUCGAGAGCCACAGGCGACUGCCCGUCGACUCCCAUCCACCGGAGUGGGGCCGCCACCUGCGAUAUGUGAUCAUUGGGGCUCCGCGGAGGUUUAUGCAAUGUUCUAGCUCUCGGCGAGUCGGAGGCGAAGCAUCCAGAGGAGGAGGAGGAGAAGGAGGAGCACCGGGCCAGAUGACUGUGACCACCACCAUGGAGGCACAGGUCAAGGCAGCGCACCAUCAUCAUCUACACCAUCCCACGGGCGGAGGAGCCCAGCACAAGGUGGAGGAGGAGGAACCGGAUCCCGUUGAGGACGAGAUGACCGUACUGCUAGCCAAUAAGAACUUUCACUAUGACGUCGCCUCCGAACUGGACGACGACGCCUUUGUGGAGGUCAAGGAGGACACCGCCCAAGCGGAUGGCGCAGGUGGUGUUGGCUUCUACAAUCCGGAUGAACUGCUGCUCGAGGAGCAGCCACAUCCGCAAGUCACGUGGCUGGACGACGACGAGAUCGAGACGCUCGAUCGCGUCACGCUGGACAUGGGUAACAUGUUCUUCAAUCGCGUCGACAGCCAGGACAUCAUCUAUCAGCAGAAAAAGAAGAGCAUUAAGAUGGUGGGCAAGUACAUUAUGGGCGAUGUCCUCGGCGAGGGAUCGUACGGCAAGGUGAAGGAGGCCAUGAACUCGGAGAACCUGUGCCGGCUGGCCGUCAAGAUCCUGACCAAGCGGAAGUUGCGCAGGAUUCCCAAUGGCGAACAGAACGUGACGCGCGAGAUCGCCUUGCUUAAGCAGCUGAAGCACCGACAUGUCGUGGAGUUGGUGGACGUUUUGUACAAUGAUGAGAAGCAGAAGAUGUACUUGGUUAUGGAGUACUGUGUCGGCGGGCUGCAGGAGAUGGUGGACUACCAGCCGGACAAGCGAAUGCCCCUGUUUCAGGCACACGGUUACUUUAAACAGCUAGUCGACGGCCUGGAGUACCUGCACAGCUGCCGGGUCAUCCACAAGGACAUCAAGCCGGGCAACCUGCUGCUCUCCCUGGAUCAAACGCUGAAGAUAUCCGACUUCGGUGUGGCGGAGCAACUGGAUCUGUUCUCACCUGACGACACGUGCACAACGGGCCAAGGUUCUCCGGCCUUUCAGCCACCGGAGAUCGCCAACGGACACGAGACCUUCGCCGGCUUCAAGGUGGACAUCUGGAGCAGCGGAGUGACUCUCUACAAUUUGGCUACUGGACAGUAUCCCUUCGAGGGCGACAAUAUCUACCGAUUGCUGGAGAACAUUGGGCGAGGUCAGUGGGAGGCGCCCACGUGGCUCUUCGAAAUGGACGCGGACUUUGCCAACCUGAUCCUCGGCAUGCUUCAGGCUGAUCCCAGCAAACGUCUCUCCCUGCAGGAAAUACGCCACGACACUUGGUUCAGAUCCGCCCCGGUGAAGACCGGCCCACCGAUACCCAUUCCCCCCCUGAAGGGCGACAAAUACCGCAACUCCACGGUGAUACCUUAUUUGGAAGCUUACCACUACGGCACCCAGGAGGAGGAUGUCUACUUCACAGAGCACGACGUUAACCAGGAGCUCGCCCGCCAAGCGGCAGCUGCUGCCUCCGAAAUUCGGGCCAAGCAGUCGGCGGCGGCCCUAGCCGCCUGCCACGCCUACGAGCCGCCCUCCACAAGUGCCGCCGCAGCCGCCGCCUCCGGAAAUUCGCUGGGCAACGGUAGCAGGGAAGAGGCGCCAGUUAAGAAGAAAGGUUCGGCGCUAAAGAGGCGCGCCAAGAAGCUGACGUCCUGCAUCUCCGUGCGCAAACUGAGCCACUGCCGAACUUCGUAGGCGCAUUUGAUGCCUCCACUAAACAUAGAUGCUAAGAUUUAUCGAAAGGAAUAACUUUGUUAACAAAUUGUGAGGAA